ACGACUCCCUCCCCCUCACUAGCAGCUACGACCACCGCCUCCGAUUUCUCCUCUCAUCUCGGUCGCCGUUCCGGGAGAUGGAGGGGUUCGAGGAGAACUACGAGCGCGGCAGCCGAAUCCCCCACACCUUCCGCGCGACCAAACCCUUCUUCCUCCUCGCUUGCAAGCGAUCCAGCGACGCGCUCUCUCCUCCUCCCUCCUCCAAGUGUCCUCGAAGGGUUCCGCUAUCCGAGAUCAAGAAUGGGUGUUCGACGCCCCCGAUGAACCCCACACCUCGGAGUUGUCAUCGAGGUUCGAUCGUUUCUCCGUCUAGCAGCGUGAUCGACGAGGAUUUCGAUGAGGCGUUCCUGCGGGACGUAGACGCCCUCUGCGAAGAGAGGUCCACGGCCAAGAAGGAGAGGCCGAGCGAGGAGAACGGGAAAGCUUCCUGGAGGCGUGUGGUGGAUAGCUGCGAGGAGUUGGAUUUGGACCUGCAGGGAAGUCUCAAUAGGGAUGCCGGCGAUUGGCCCGUGCAGCAGCACAAGUACUGGGAUUAUUUGAAAUCCCUUAACCAUGCACAGAGGGAAGCGGCUUGCAGCGACGUCUCUGUCCCGUUGAUGAUCGUAGCAGGACCUGGAAGUGGAAAGACGUCAACAAUGGUUGGGCGGGUGUUGACACUGCUCAAAGAGGGGAUUGGCCCUUCGAACAUUCUUGCAAUGACAUUCACCACUGCUGCUGCAUCGGAGAUGAGGGAUCGGAUACGAGCAGUGGCUGGAAAAGAGGUCGCAACAGACCUUGAAAUUAGCACGUUCCACUCGUUUUGUUUGCAGCUCUGCAGGAGACAUGCAGAAAAGUUGGGCCGCACCCCUGAGUUCCUAAUAUAUGGACCAGGGCAACAAAGGCGGGCUGUUAUUGAGGCCUUGCGUAUAAUGGAGAAUGAUCAAAACAGUGCACAAGAAACUACAGUUCAGAAGUUUGAAGAUCUUCCUAGUACUGAUAUUGCCAAAUCUUUAAAGGAAAAGUCAAAAAAGUGGCUAAAGUUUGUUACACAGGCUAAGGCUUCUGGCAGAGCAACUGAAGAAUGUGAUAAGAUUGGUGAUGAAAUUGGAGCUAUGAUCCUCAGACACUAUGAUGAAAUUCUUACCUCUUGCAAUGCUUUGGACUAUCAUGAUUUUAUUAGCUCUUCUGUAAAGCUACUCACUGAUUUUCCUGAAGUGUACAAUGAGUGCUUGAACACUUGGAAGGCCAUAGUUAUAGAUGAGUUUCAAGAUACAAGUUCGAUGCAGUAUCGUCUUUUAAGAAUUCUAGCUUCUCAUAAUCGUGUGACGAUUGUAGGUGAUGAAGAUCAGUCUAUAUUCAGUUUCAAUGGUGCUGAUGUUUGUGGUUUUGACUCCUUCCGGAAAGAUUUUCCCACUCACAGAGAGAUUAGAUUAAACAAGAAUUACCGAUCUACCCGGUGCAUAGUUGAGGCAGCAUCAGCUGUUAUACUGAAUAACAAUAAACGUUGCCAUAUUAAGCAAGUUGAGACUGAUAAUUCCACCGGGAGCAAGAUUAUUGUUAUGGAAUGCCACAAUGAAGAGGCACAAUGUGCUUUUGUUGCUGAUAAAAUUUUAGAAAUCGCAUCAGAUGGCCAGAAUGCUGACUGUUCCUUUGGCAAUGUUGCAAUACUUUAUCGGAGACAAGUUUCUGGUAGAGCAUUUCAGAUGUGCUUUCGCAACAGGAAAAUACCCUUUAAUUCUCAUGGGGUGGCCUUUUAUCGGAAAAAGGUAAUAAAGGCUAUUAUGGCAAUACUCAGAACCACAUUUCCUGACUGUGAUGAUGGUCCAUUUCGCCAAGCCUUCAAGGCACUUUUACCUGGUGAUAAAGAAGAAAAGAAAAUGGUUGUUGAUUAUGUUGAAAGGAUUUCCUCAGCAAGGAAAUGUAGCUUCCAAACAGCUGCAAACGACAUCUUUCAUGCAAAGGUUUCGGGUACCUUCAAAAGGUCUCGGCUUACUCAAGGACGGAAAGUCUUGUCUGCAUUAGAUAUGCUAUCCAAACUUGUAAGAAGAGAACCAUCAAUUUCAAUGGUCAUCACUUCUGCAGCAAAUAUGUUACCUCAGAAAUAUCUUCUUGAAAAACGUGCUGUAGUUGAUGUAGAAGGAGGGAAGUUGCUGAAUGAGGACAAUGAUCUAAGAUCUGUAGUUCAGUAUUUAAUGGAUGAUGUGUCGGAUUUCUUGUCCAUGCAUUUCACUAACAAAGACGUUCAAAAUUUGAGUAAACAAGAAGGUUGUGGGAGCAUUCUGAAGUCCUUUAUUGACUUCAUAACCAUGAGGGAAACUGAAAACUUUCGCUUCCGAAGGCAAGAAAAUAAAAACUCAGUAACUUUGACUACUAUUCAUCAGUCAAAAGGUCUAGAAUGGGAUGUAGUUUUCAUUGUGAAGGCAAAUGACAAUGAGAUUCCUUUGCUUCAUGAGUAUAAUGGCAUUGUCCAUGGUGGGACCACUCUUGAGGAGGAACGAAGGCUUCUAUAUGUUGCAAUGACUCGUGCUAGGAAGAAGUUGUAUGUUGUGUACAUCAUUAUGGAUUCCAACUGGCAGUUGUUGCAACCUUCACGAUUCCUCAAAGAAAUUCCAGGCCACCUUCUUGAGAUACAGGGUGAGGCAAUCUCCAAAGACCUGGCAAUUUCUAGUAGAAACAUUUCUAAUUCAUUGGGAUACGAAAUUUCACAUGAAACAAUUCAUGAAAAUGGUAGGACUCCUGAUGAUAUUUCAGAAAGUGUUGAAGGAUUCUCUGAGAUAUGCCUUGGCAACCAAUUUCUGAAGAGCAGGUUCAACUUGGAAGAGAGAUCCAUUGUCUCUAGUUUAUUCCAUCAAUGGGCAAAAAGGCCUGCAUUUCAUCAUCCAAACCGGUUGCUUGACAAGAUUGGGUUUGUCGUUGAUGAACGUUUAAGGAACAAGACAUACAAACACAAGGAUGUUAUGCGAAUUCUCAAAUCUUGCUUGAAGGGUGAUGAAACACUUCAAUAUGCUCAAUAUGUUAUUAAGUGGGAACAAAUACCUGUUGGGCUACGUGCACAUUUAAAUAGAGAAAAACAGGAACAUUUCCAAAAACAAAGAAUCGAGAACUCUAUGGGAUCAUUCAAAGCUACACCUAAACAGAUCUCUUAUCUGCAGAAUCUGGGAUGCACAAUUAAUCCUACUUCACGUCUUCAUGCAUCACGUUUGAUCGAACAGUAUAGGUCCUUGUGAAAGGCUGCAUUCUUUGAAGUUUUUGAGGUGAAGCAUAAAUAGGAAAAAAGGAUGAUAUGGCAUCAUUUGGAAUUGCUUCAAACAACUUGCAACCACGGAGAGGAGCAGAGGAGCACACCACCACUAUUCGUUAGACGCCCUUCAGUAGAAGGUCUUGGUCGAUCUGGUGGCGUGCUGACUUCAUGACCAACCCGAAGAAACCAGCAGAGACUCAAAGAACUAAUGUCUACAGAAACUGGGAAAUAAACCAUCAAAGUAAGUUAAGGUGGGAGGCUCGGGCAUUGCCAUCUUCUGCAAGUGUGAUGAAGCUUAUAAACCAGAGAUUCCUUUAACAGUGCCAAAAUUUAUGGGGUUGGAAGAUAGCCCAGUUGGUGAAGAUAUCUUUGCUCCCAUCAUGGUAUUGUGGUGGGGAUGUGAACCUUUGCUUUGCUUUGCUUGCAAUAAAAGAUGCAAUCAUCAUUUCGCCAUAACACUUUUCUCAAGCAACGCCACACUUUUCUUCCUCCUGUUCGAGAGCGCCAUCAGCAGCUCAUAACAAGCAAAAAGGAAGCGUCACAGAUGUUUCCAGUUCAGAGUGAUAUGGCCAGUUAGGUCAGCUUAGUAUUUUCCAGAGUGGUUGGGUUUGGAAACUAGUCUUUGUUUGCCAUUGCAAAGAUAAGAUAUGUGGAGAUACUUUGCUUCCCUUGCGGCCAAAUUGCCGUGAACUGGAUUUGCCGGUGACAGCAACUUGUUGUAAUCUUGUGCCUGGUUGUUUCACAAGAUGACAAGUUAACAAAUAGGUUUGACGUGACAAGUUUCCUUCCACCGAACGCCAAACACUCGAUCGCCUCGUAGGCUCAUCGGAUCUGGAAACAAUACCGUCGUGAUGGGGAGAGAGACAGAGAGAGAGCGGACACAUGGGGUUUUUAAUGCAUAAAAAGGCUGGAGGUGGUGAGAGAGCGAGACAUGCUGUUGAAGGCACCACCAGAAAUCCUUACAGCUAUUGCAGCGUCCUUCCUCUCCAAGCUUUGCUGGCCUCUCUUUGUCUCUCCACUGUUCCGCCCUAUAUUAUCACCGAACCUCCCCACUCUUGCCUCUCAUCGACCAAAAUCACAAGCACGCCUUCUCUACGGCUCUUCCUCUCGCCAGUAGCCCACUCAGAGGCAGUGAGAGAGAGAGAGAGAGAAGAGGGGUGAGCAAUGGCUUCCCGUGCGCCCGCUCUGGCUCUAGCCAUCUCCUUCGCCCUCCUCGCCACCUGCAUCGCCCAGUCCCCGGCUUCGUCCCCCACCGCCACCCCUCCACCCGCCUCGUCCCCUCCUCCCGCCGCCGCCCCUCCUCCAGUCGCCACUCCGCCUCCCGCCACCCCUCCUCCAGUCGCCACUCCGCCCCCCGCCACCCCUCCUCCAGUCGCUACUCCGCCUCCCGCCACCCCUCCUCCCGUCGCCACUCCACCCCCGGCCAUGGUCCCCACGGCGUCGCCGCCCCCUGCACCUGUCGCUCCCACGGUAGCUCCUACUCCUUCCACGCCGACGACCCCUUCGCCGGCUCCCGCGACGAAGUCGCCCUCGUCGUCGCCGUCUCCUAGUCCCACCACUCCCUCUGCGCCAGCGCCGGCGCCGACUACCUCGACUCCUGCCGACGGCGGUUCAGGGGCUUACGUGCAUGGGGUCAGCAUGGGAGUGGUCGCGUUGCUUGGAGGAGUCGCGUUGCUUAUGUAGAGACUAGAAAGUGCCGUUUGACGUUGGUGCCAUCGAUUUUUGUGCUUUGAUUGAGUUCAUGGAUUCUAUGUAUUAUUUGGUGUAAUAACUAUUAUCUACAUUUCAUUCUUCCUCGUUCUUCA